UUUUCACCUUUUGUUGAAUGGACUGCUUCUGAUCCUACUAUUAGAAGUUAAUUGAUAUGUCAGAUCACUUAGAGCGACUAUACUUUGGAGGACAAGACUGAUUCUCGCUAUAAGUAAUAUCCACUUAACAUUUGUUAUUAAUAUCCAUGAACAUUGCACCAACGUUUUGUCCUAUGUUGUUUUCCAGUGACAAAUUUAUCUGCUUUUUUCAUUGACACAGUCACACUAACAGAGAGGAUCGUUUGAAAUGUUGCUUACAUGGUUUCAACUUUUAAGACAUCCAGAGCAAUAUUUUUCACUUAAAAUGUGCCAUUCCAUCUUAGAGCCAGGCUGUGCUGCACAAGAGCUGAGCGUCCUUGUCGAUUUCUUUCAUUUCAGUUUUAUAGUCCCAGAAUACAGCUUUCUGGAUGCCCGUGGGUUGGGUGCUUAUGAAGGCAAAAACUUGGAAUCCAUGUCAGAAAUAUAUGCAUUAGAUGGUAUUUCUCCAAACAGCAAACCACCUCCUGUGGAUGAUGGAACUCCAAAUGAGAGUGUUAGUGAUGUUUUUGUUCGAGUAACACAACUCAUGUCAAUUCUCGAAACUCAGUACUCCGGCGAUACUGUGGUUAUAGUUUCCCCAGAUUCUGACAAUUUGACAGUUCUUCAGGCCGGUUUGAUAGGACUUGACUUGCGAAGGCACAGGGACCUGUCUUUUGCGCCUGGUGAAGUCCGUUUUGUUGACAUCAAAAGCAUUCCCACUUAUAAGCAGCCCGCAUCUGCAGUAUAUAAAUGUUUGAACCCCCCAAAUUGUAAUUAACUUUUCCCUUCUAAUCAAAAGCAGAAAAGAGGGUAUUGAUGAAUCAGUUUGAUAUUAUCGAUUUAUCAUGUAUUGUUAUCUUGACCAACAGAUCGAAACAGAAAUUCUAUCCAUAAUAGUUAUGCA